AGAUCACACAAGACCGAGCCGUGCCUGCCUCGGGAUCCUGCAGUCAGGCUUCUCUUGUGUUCAUAUGGGGUGUGUGCAUUUGCAGAUAUUCGGAUUAACACAUGGAGGGCUGUAAGUGAAUAAACAGGCUCGUUUAAAGCGCUUUUGUCCAGGACGUGUCUGCAGCUUUGAUGCACAUGCUGAUGGGAGAUCAGAUCACAUCGGGCUUCACAGACCGCAGGCGAAAUUUCACCUGAGCUUUGACUUCAGGGCUGGACUCUGGAAGGGUUCGGACCUCAGCGGCGAGCGCACUGGAUCACAUCCCGUUCCCGAACAGCUUUGCAUAGAUAGGAGAGGGCGAUCUCGCGAGCGACUCGCUAAUUAUCGUGUAUGUGGGUUCACAAUGCCCCGGGCUCAGAUCCUCUCCACUUUUCCUCUUCAGAGGAUACUCGUCCUUCAACUGUGCGUUAUGUUUGCAGUCAUGGCAGAGGAGAGAAGAGAUUGCAGGGAACAGGAAUACAAGGAUAAGCUUGGAAACUGUAUUCCCUGCCGGCAGUGUGAUGCUGGACAAGAGCUAUCCAAGGAAUGUGGCUUUGGCUAUGGGGAGGAUGCCCAGUGUGUGCCCUGCAGAACCAGUCGCUUCAAAGAGGACCGCAGCCUGCAGAAAUGCAAGCCCUGUCUGGACUGUUCCCUCCUCAACCGCUUCCAGAAGGGGAACUGCUCCACCACGAGCAAUGCCGUAUGCGGAGACUGCCUGCCCGGAUUUUACAGAAAGACGAAGUUGAGUGGAUUCCAGGAUAUGGAGUGUAUCCCGUGUGGAGAUCCGCCACCACCGUAUGAACCACACUGUAUGGGGCGAGUGAAUUUUGUCCCGGUCCAGCCUGCGGUGACCAGCCCCAGAGACAUGGCUCUAGCUGCGGUCAUCUGCAGUGCGCUGGCCACCGUCCUGCUCGCCCUCUUCAUCCUGUGUGUCAUCUACUGUAAGAGACAGCUUCUGGAGAAGAAACCAGUUUCAGUGAGGUCCCAUGAGGGUCCUUAUGUGGGGUCCGAGCUGUCCUGUCUGGAUCGGAGAGCUCUGGAGUUUUCCCAGCGGCCUUGUUGUCACUGCCGUCACGGCUCCGGACAGACCUGCGGUCCUGUGCACCUGAUCCCGUCUCUGUGCUGCGAUGACUCCUGGAGCCAGAGCCGCGGCCGAGAGACUCGUCCCUAUCACUCUCAGAACAGUCUCAAUGAAGGAUUGGUGAAUCCAUCACUGGGCAGCAGCCAGGCAGAUGUGGGAUGUGCAGCUGAUGAGGCCUGGCCGCUCGUUCAGACCUUCACAACCUCAGACGAUCCCUCCGAGUCCACACAGAGAUGCUCCUCGUGUGACGAGGACGAGGAACGAGACGUGCAGAGCUCAGGCCUGACCCCAGCUGAGCCUGAGGAUGGGUCAAACAGUCGGCUUCUACAGCCACAGCUGUCUGCAACUGAAGGAUGACCUGCUCUUAUCUCAGCUGUUGUUGGUCUUUGAGAGCCACUCUGGAGGUAGAAUGAGCAAAGGAAGAUCCCA